GAAGCGCUGACGGGGAGCUACGCUACGCUACUGGAGAAUACUGGGUAUGUGCACGACGAAAGGGAAAUCGGAGCUUGCGGGUUUCCAUUAGAAUAUUAAAUCUGUCGUAUUCCAUAUGUGUUUAAGUACGUAUUAAACUGUAUGUAAAUGAUAAAAUGAGUCAAAGGCAGACCGCAUACGAUGGGAAUUAUAAGAGAGCGGAGGGUGGCGGCAGUGUUGGUGGAAGCAGCAUCGUCGGUGCGUCCACGCUGCAGCAGUGCAUCCAUCCUCCGGGUAGCCGGAUGAGAGACACACGCUCCCAGCAACAUAUCCGUCACCACUCCGCCUCCGUCCUCAAGCAGCCGUCGCAUUCCGAGCCUGCAGACUUAGUUAAACGGGCUCUUGAUUUCAAGACGCAGGGGACGCAGUGCUACAAGGAUAAAAAAUACAGAGAGGCGAUCGGCAAGUACCAUCGGGCGCUGCUUGAGAUGAAGGGGUUAUGUAGGAUGCUGGGGGAUUCCGAUGUUAGUUCCAGGUCUCCCUCAUCUGCGCUGAAAACUAUGAGCCACUCCGCCUUGACAGAUGAAGAAAGGGGCGCAGUAGAGAACGCCGAGCUGGAGUGUUACAACAGUCUUGCAGCUUGCUUGUUGCAGAUGGAGUUGGUGAACUAUGAGCGUGUCAAGGAAUACUGUCUGAAGGUCCUUUGCAAGGAAGGGGAGAACUUCAAGGCCUUGUACCGAUCUGGGGUUGCUUAUUAUCACCUGGGAGACUUUAACAAGGCUCUUCACUACCUGAAAGAGUCACAUAAACAGCAACCUUCUGACACCAAUGUAAUCCGCUACAUCCAGCUGACAGAGAUGAAGAUCCGUCGCAGCACCCCGAGAGAAAAAGAGGCCUCAUAAGCCGCUUGAUGUUUACACAGAAAUGCUCUUUUAAUAUUGUGUGCGGAAGGUAGUAUUCCUGCAUCGUUUUAUGACUUACUAAAAAAAAAAAAAUCACAAAUGCGUCUUUUGUACUUGCCAGUUUUGUGAAAACCUGUUUUGGUUAAAUAUUGCUUCAGAUAAACAUAACAUUCACAUGCAAGAAAAAUAAAAAUCGAAAAACUUUUUUAGUGAGGCAUGGGACAUUAGCACUGUCGCAGUACAGUAACGCCCCGAUCGAUACAGGUGAAUAUUGCCGCACACCUCUGCCAUGUGCACGCUGUCAGCUAUUGGCUUCUCGUGACACAGCAGGUUUCUUCAAACGAUAUAACGCGGUUAGACAAUAGCACUAUGUACUUAAUUUCCCCCCAUAAAAAUGUAGGUGCCUAGGCAACAGUAUAUAUCAUUGUGAUGUUAAAAGAGCAGAACCUGGCUGUUUUGCUCACCCAAUAGAAUGAGUGUCCGUCUAUGUUAUUUGGGUUUACUCACCCAAUAUGCAGCUCUGUGCAGGUCGAAUCAAACUACUGACUAUACCAGCGACUCUCAGCCUGGUCCUCGGAGACCCCCAGAGAUGUUUCUGCUCCCUCCCAGCUCCCUGCCAGACAAUCCACAUUUUAGCUCCUUCUGUCUGGCGGCCCCUGAGGACCAUUUUGACAAACACUGCACUGCACCAUGCUCCUGGCUUUGGCUGCCAAACUGCUAUACACCUUUCAAUAGACAUCACUUUCCGAGAGAGAGAGCAUUAUGAGAAGCGACGGUCGAUUGAUUUUGUUUAUUUCAUACGUUACCAGUUUGAAGUGCACGGAGUAUACAGCUCUGUGACACAGGGUCCACUUGUUAGUUUUAAUACUUUAUGAUAUAUAUGGUUGGGUUAUCUCAUGUAUUUUUGUUAAUAAUCCCUGCUUUUACAGAUAAACUUCUCUAUGUCUCAAUUGUUAUGCUACACGAUUAAGCAUAUUAUAUAUAUAUAUAUAUAUAUAUAUAUAUAUAUAUAUAUAUAUAUAUAAAUUUUUUAACUGUGAUGUUUCUUUAUGUUCAUCUUCUGUAACUUAUCCAGCAUAGGGUUGUGGUUAUUAGUCUAAGUGUUGAUUUGAUGUUGCUACUAUUGUGUCAGGUACAAUACAUGAUGUUUUCAUUAAAACUUUGUUACACUAAUGUAGCUCAUGUGGUAUGCAGUUGAGUACAGAUGCCAGUGAUGUGUCAGAAGAUCUAAAUUUAAUUCAAUUCCGUUAUAUGCCGUGGACAAGAUUUCUUAAUCCACAUGUUGUUAGAAAUUGUUCCAAAGAUCCCCAGUGUUGUAUUGCACUUCAGCCUUAGGUUGUUGAUAGAGAUCUCUGUAGUGAAAAGGUCUUCAGGGAGGGGCCUUGUUAAACACAACCCUUUAUUACCAUGAUGAUUGUACACUAUAGGGCAGUGUUUCCCAACCCAGUCCUCGGGGAACCCCGGACAGUCCACGUUUUUGCUUCCUCUCAGCUCCCAGCGCACCUGUAACAGGUAUUCGGUGUUCCUGAUUGGCUGGGAGGGAGCAAAAAUGUGGACUGUCCGGGGUACCCCGAGGACUGGGUUGGGAAGCAUUGCUAUAGAGUAUGCUGUGUGGAUCGUGGUCACCAGGAACCCCAAGUACCAAGUCAGCUUUGGGAGUGGUGCUUCUUCAGUGACUGUAGUUUUGAAGGCACUGAGGAGGCCUGUAGUGGUGAUGCCAGUGUUUAUGCCACCAGACAUGGCUCCUGCUUUACUAGUCAGUCUCCCGUCUCCUUUCUCAUGUUUAGUCAUGAGCUUUGGGUGAUGAUCAAGAGGACAAAAUCAUGAGCAUUAGCAGCCAAAAUGAGGUUUCUCUGGCAAGAUUGCUGGGCUUAGUCUCUGUGACAGUCAGGUGUUCAGAGAUGCUCUUCUUCAAAUUAAGAGGAGUCAGCUGAGGUUUGGGCGUCUAAUGAGGAUGCCACCUGCUCGACUCCCCAGGGAGAUGUUCCAGACAUGACCCUCUGGGCGGUGACUCCGAGGCAGAAUCAAGAAAAGCUUUCCUAGCUGCCUGGCAAUGAUGACGUGGCAAGAGGCACAGAGAGGCGUCUGAAGUGCUUAGUUUUGUGUCUUGGGGAGAUGAGCCUGAAGCUGCAGAAGUUCCUCAACUGUAGCGGCUGUCUAUUGAGAGGAUUCGCUUUAUUAUUCAAAACAGAACACAGUUUGGACGUCACUUUUCCCUCCACCAGGCUUUCCGUUGAGUAUGGUCACCAUCCUAUGAUAGUAAUGUUUGUUCAGCCUACCAGUGUCCUUCAUCUUAAUAUGCCUUUUAUGGUCCCACUUUGCAAGACUACCCUCAUAAUGGGUGUAUGAAUCGUGUAUAGUCAGGUUAUUAAUUGUAAAUCACUAAUAUACAAUCAUAAACUAAUUAUAACUGUGUUUUUUUUAUUAAUGAGUUACUACCAUUUAUAAGUGGUGAAAGGGAGCCUUAUUGUAAAGUGAUACAAAAUUUUCUAACCUUGUAAGUUUUUUGUUAAGUUUAGGAUAUUGUGUUAAUUUGCUAUUUACACGCAUUCAGACUGGCCUUGGUGUAUGGGGUGUAGGGCUGUGCGAUAUAAGCGAUAUUGACUCCUCGUCAUAUAAAAUUUCAAUGAUAAAAUGAGAAACUUUGAUAAACUACCAGUAACGAAUAUUGUUUGAUAGCAAACAAGGUAAAAGAUGGUGGUGUGGUUGUACUUUUUGCAAUUUUUAUUUUUUUUUGCAACAGACUUGGUGCUUUGUACUGUCCCAACUUAAACUGAAAAUGCUGCAAACAUAAUUCACCGCUUGAUGCAUCGCCGUCAAAUGGAACAUACCGGAUGCAAGUGUUGAUGGUCGCAAACUACACACGUGAGAACACGUAUUCCUUCAGAAUGGGACAGGUGACAACUCUGCUAGCGAUGUGAAACUCAUCCUUGGAGCGAGCGGCAGGGAAGAAAGUCAGAUAGUCAAAAAAAACCCAGCAACAAACUGUACUGUCGGCAUUUUCUAGUGUUACACCAUAUGACAAAAGAGUUUAUUUUGUAUGAUUUAUUAAAAUUAGAUUUUGGUUUGUAGUCCAUUCAGUUUGUCACCUUUUUCAUGUUUCUGAAUCUGUUUAUGGAGGAAUCCGAAGGGAAUUCUAAGCAAAAAUGGAGUCUUAAAGAAAUUACUGUAUGACUUAUAUUGUGAUAAUUAUUGAUGUUGACUGAAAAAAAAAAUUGUGAUAAAACAUUUUGCCAUAUUGCCCAGGUCUAAUGUGGCGGAUCUUCGAAUAGGCUGCCCUUUGGCUCUUUGGAAUGGGUGUGGAGAAUGGAUGGAUAACUGCUUUGAUGGAAUCAGACCUUUAUUGUCCAAUAAAUGAGACUGGAGGCAAAUGUCUUGGUAAUGUUCAUCCUAUGAACUGAACAGGAAACUGUCAACAGUGAAAUGCCAUUAGCAAAUCAACAGCAGAAAAUAUGAAGAAAAAUGGAAUAUUUGAUUUGGCUGAUGCAGAUCUAAAUGUUUUGGGUCAAGACCUGAAUAAUGUAUUUUUGAAACUAACAUCCCUAACGGAGACAAAGUAGGUCUUGAUUGUGAACUGCAAAAUUAAUAAUUCCAGGAAAGGUUUGAUUUGCUGUGAAAAACUGUACAAUCAAGGGCGCAGAUUUGGGUAUGGACCUUAAGGACAUGUCCCUACCAAUACUGUUAGAGUACUAUGUGUAUUUCGGCAGACGGAGGGGGGGUUCAGGGCUGGGUUAGUCUCUACCUAUACUGAAACCAAACCUACGCCCUUGAAUCAGUCACUGAGUGUAAAGGUGUGAUUGCUAUAUCACCCAGGGUUACUGCGUGCUGCACAGUUAAGAAAUAUCAAAAUGUUGUUUUCCCUCUCAGAUUUCCUCAUUUAAUAUUUUCAUAGAAAAUAAGUCUCAAAAACAUGCAAGCAUACAGGGAAUCAGAAAUGGGACAAAUACUUUUACAAUCAUAGUAGUAGAAAUAGACAUAGAGGAGGUGGACAAAACAAUGAAAACAUCUAACAAUGUAAUAAUGUCCAGGACCUUAGAAUAGGGUCAGCUUUUGCCUUCAGAACAGCUUCAACCUUUUUUGUACAUGAACAUUACUAAACUGAGUGUAGUGGGAUAUUGGACCAUUCUUCAAGAAGAAAAGCCUGUAUUCCCUUGAGGGACGAAGGAAGUGGAAGUGUAUUUCACACUGUGUCCCAAAAUGAUUCAAUGAUGUUUAGACCUGGGGUGUUUUUCAAUAUGCAUACAUGUACUUGACCGUACUUGUGUGUCCCCAUUUUACGUCAUCUUCCAUUGCCGAAGACCAGUUCCAAUACUAAGAACACCAGUACAGAGGAUGGUAAAAACCCUCUGAUGUCAUUCUUGCCCCAUCCUAUAUAUCAAGGACGCAUUGGUUGCAUCCUCGCCAAAUGAGAACAGUCCCAUGAUUCACUGUGUUCAAAGUUUGUUGUUGUUUGUUGUUUGAGGCAAGUUAGUAAGACUGAUCUUGCCGAGAUCAUAAAUACGAUCUUUGUGUUCUUGGUAUUGAGAAACACCCAUGGUGACUGCAGAGGCUAUAGAAUGCUUUUUGUCUUCGUUGUGGUGUUUGUGAAAAUUCUUGUACAGCUUCCUAAUUGGCAUUCAACCUAAUAUGACUCAUCUUUGUAGCUGCCUUUGUAAUUGUGAUUCAUUUAUUUUAAAGCACUUUUUCAUGUUG